UUGUCAUACACACACAACACACAGUCCCUCUCUCAUACAUUUGCAUAUAAUAUGAUAAAAGUUUAUGCUUUUCAAAGAGUAAUGAUGCUUCUUUGGAUUAACAUGCUGUCCUCUAUUUCAAGCACACAAUAAGACUUCUGCUGAAUCUCCUAAAUAUAAGGACACAUCAAUUUAGCUACUAGAAAGUUUCAAACCCCAAAACACUACAAUGGCUAAAAAUGUUCUGUCAAACCUUCCAUCCAUCCUUCUCUUUGUUCUUCUACUCUGCUCAGGUGCCUCUCUCUCUCUCUCCAAAAACAUAUACUAUAAACAAGACUCUACUUCUCAAUUUGCAGGUUCAAUUGUCCAAGAAACAGAGGCAGCAGCAGAGCAAAAAGAUGUGACAACUCCAAUGACAACAGUUCCUUUGAGAUAUCCUUCAUCUUUAAAUCCAUUGCUGGAUCCACAGCAAGAUUCUCCCACCAUCACCACUCCUCCAUCUACGGCCGCAGGGAGCUGGUGUGUCGCCAGCAUAUCCGCCACACCGGCAGCAUUGCAGGCUGCACUGGACUAUGCCUGUGGCCACGGUGGUGCAGACUGCUCCCCCAUCCAGCCCGGGGGAGGCUGCUUCGCCCCAAUCAACCUCCGCCACCACGCCUCCUACGCCUUCAACACCUACUACCAGAGGAAUCCAAUCCCCAGCAGCUGCAACUUCGCUGGCUCAGCUGUUACAACAAGCACUGAUCCAAGUUAUGUGACAUGCCACUAUCCAUCUUUAAGCACAAGUUCAUCGGUGUUGAACACAACUAGCUCGACUGGAUCCCAUGUUUUCGGGGCUGGACCAGUCCCUCCCUCUCCUACUGCAGCUGCCCUGCCUAACUCUUGUAUACAUGUACUGCAAUUCUUGGCUCUACUGUUGUCAGUUUUGCCUAGUUUUUCUUCCCAUGAUUGUGGAAUACCUGCCUAAUUAGUUUAAAAUAUACAGAAUUAGUUUGGUGUAUAAUUUGUGUGUUUAGAAUGCAUUACAUGUAACAUGUGAUGUAAUUUAGCAAAGCAAAUUCCCUUUUUAACUGAGUAAAA